AUGAAAAUCUUAGAGUGUAAUGCUGGUGCACUCACAAAUUUUGAGGUCCUUGAUUUCUUACGAGAUAAAGGAGCUUCAAAGGAUCCAACAAGGGUUAUUGCGCGCAUUUAUGAUUAUUUGGUUGACACUGCUGCCUCUGUUCAAACAAGAGAGAGCAUCAAUGAGUUCUUGACAAGUGUUAAACAACAUGACCUGGCAAAAGCUGAGGUUCUGAACAUAUUAAACAUUGGGCCAGCUGCUGAAGUUGAACUAUACCCAAUCAUAGAGGAUUGUGAUGAGCGUUUUGGAGAUGAAGGGGUCCUUGAAAUAGUAGAGCUGGUGAAGAAAACAUUGCAACUGCCUCUCAAUAUGAAGCAGGAAGAAAUCACCAAGGUUGACGAAGAAACCGCAACACUGAAAAAUGAAAAGGGUAAUCAGAUUAGUCAAGACCAAAGCGAAGGUGGAGAACAAAUGAACACUAUUUAAGACCCUUGUUGUCACCACAACAUUAUAUGAGCAGUGCCAGAGGUUUUGAAGAAGAUAGUUCAUUGUUGUAUAAUUUUUCAAUUUUAAGUCAUUACAAAAAAGAGUUUGAUACAAGCCUACGAUCUGGCAAAUCCUACGGUUGGGCUAUUUCCACAGGCUAAUUUUCUGAUGCAUGUGCUGCUGGCUUUGCU